CCCUCCCAUAGUAGGCAGCUUCACACGGCGUGCGAGACUUGCUCAUUUCGAGAAAGAGGCCCGACGAACGUCGGCGACACGCGACAUGGCGCUGCCGUCGACGCGCGAGAUCGAGCUGGAGACGUUGCUGAGAAAGAGGGACGCGCAGGUGCUCGAACUCACAGAUGAAGUUACUAGGCUCAGGCAGUAUCUAUCUACACAACCCGCCCCUUCGACGACGGAGCCGAUAUCUCUGCCGCCCGCGCUGGUGUCGGUCUUGGUGCCACACAUUACGCGCGCGCAGGGGAUCCCGAGUGGCAAGCCUACGACAGGGAACCACAGUGGGAACACGGGCUCGACUACCACAGGAAACACGGCGCUAACUGCGCUCACGCAGCGCGCGAAGCUGCUUCAGGAUGAGAAUGAUGAACUAUACGAGCUGCUGAGGAAGAGCGAGACCGGGAAGUUGAAGGAGGAGGUGAAGGGCCUGAGGAGAGUGGUGAACAGACUCGAAAGCGCCCUCAGAGAGUCCCAUAAUGUCAUCAAUAACCUCAGUACCGAGCUUGAAAAGUCCCAUGAAGCAUUCGCCGCCACUCUCAACUCUUAUCACCCGCACUCGGGCCCCAGACCCUCGCCCAUCUCUGCCAACCCAUCUAGCAAUGGGACGGGCACAGGUGGCGUCGCCAAGCCCCCACCGACCGGCCCCAGAGCCUACAAGAAACCGCGGCUGUCCGUCUCCGACAGCCAGGACCCUGGCAGACCGAGUCUGUCCCCGGCGAGAUCCACGCUUUCCACGUCCGUGCCGCCGCAGCCGCCCAUCUCCAGGCAACUGGGAAUGCACUCGUCCGGUGUGAACGCGAUUCCGCUGAAGCGGAGGAAGGAGGAUUCGAGAGACCGGGAUGCGAAAGAUGAGGAGUAUGACCGGCAGCGGUCUGCGCCGCUGUCGAAGGCGCAGUAUGCUGGGCCUAAAAGGGAAGAGGAGGACGAUGUGAGGAAGCGCCCUCGGGUCGGAGACGAUAGAGGCGACAGGGACAGAGACAGGACGAGGAUCAGGGACCGAGAGCGGGACUGGAGCAGAGAUCAAGACCGGGAGCGGGAGCGAGAUAAAGACGGCAGGGACAGAGACCGGGACAGAGAUCGCGACCGAGAGCGCGACAGGGACAGGGACAGGGACCGCCGACGGAACGGCUCUAGUGCCCCUGGCGCUGGCCGCAGACCGCCACCAAGACGCGAAAACGGGAACUCGAGCUCGCACAGUGGCGAUCGGACGUUGGCCCAACGCAUGGGCCUUUGAAGAUGAUGUUUCGCAUUUUCGCUUACUUUCCUUACUGUCUGUCUGGCUAUGGACACUUGUGGCGAUGACCCGUUCGGCGCGGUCGACCAUACACUAACCGGAUGUCUAUUCUCUGUUCGUCAUAGGGCAUGAUGGGCAUAUUGCAUAUCAACCACGGAGGGCCCUUAGUGUAUCCGGUUGUACUAAUAUUUGAUGACGUCCCCCUUUCUCUUCGAGUUCCUCCCGGUUUCACUUGGUCUCUGCUGCUGUCGUACUGCUCUGCGAAAAUGUAUCUAUUUACCGCUUGGUGUGUUGUAUCGUGUCCCCCCGGGUUAAUCUAUUAUCGUCGCGCGACGCAAGUAUCGCCAGGUGCCGAGUGUAGUC